AGUCGAAAAUCCGUGUAUAACUUAUAGUUGGACCUCUGUACACGUGGUCCCUCCAUACCCAUGGUUCCAUCACAUCUGUGGUUCCACAUUCACAGAUUCAACCUAUCAUGGAUUGUUUAGUACUACAGUAUUUACUGUUGAAAAAAAAUCUGCAUAUAAGUGAACCCACACAGUACUUUCUUUUCUUUUCUGUCCUUAUCUGGCUUUGGUAUCAAGGUAAUGCUGUCCUCCUAAAAUGAGAUUGUGAAGUAAGUAUUAUUAAUCCCACCUGGUAAAUUUGGAGGCUGACAUUUUGAGAGGUUAGAUAACUUGCGUGAAGCCGAACAGCUAGUUAGAGGCAGAGUUGGGAUUGGCUCUCAAACCCCAUUCUUAAGCAUUGGGCCACUCCCUCCCAAGAGAGACUUCUUGCCUCACUAUAAAGUCUGCCUAGAGAAGGAGCAUUGGAGUCAGGACUUGAAGACAUGUAUGAGAACAGCAGAGAGGAGAGGUGAGGGCAGAGGCUGGGACCCAAGGUCACACCUUCAUGCUUUCGCCAGCACCAUGUGGGAGUAGAGGGGGGCCAUUUCUGGGUCAGUCGAUGCUGCUCCUGUGGGUCCCCUGGAGCGAUUGUUUGUGAUGCCCCAGGAGCAGGGCAGAGGCCUCCAGGGUGUGUGACCCAGCUGGUGCUGAGCUCCUCGUCUCUCCCCCACCUCCCUGAGUGCUACAGGUAGGGAGCAGGAUGGUGAUUGUUGCGGCGGGCUGCGUGCUGCUCCUGAUGGGCAUAUUUGGGAAGAUCGGGGCUGCGUUUGCCACCAUCCCAACCCCUGUGAUCGGAGGCAUGUUCCUGGUGAUGUUUGGGGUCAUCACUGCCGUGGGGAUUUCCAAUCUUCAGUACGUGGACAUGAACUCGUCCAGAAACAUCUUUGUCUUUGGCUUCUCCAUCUACUGUGGGCUUGCUGUUCCCAACUGGGUGAACAAGAACCCGGAGAGGCUCCACACAGGGAUUCUGCAGUUGGACCAGGUCAUCCAGGUGCUGCUGACCACGGGCAUGUUUGUUGGUGGAUUUCUGGGCUUUCUACUGGACAACACCAUCCCUGGAAGCCUGGAGGAGAGAGGCCUCCUGGCGUGGAAUCAAAUCCAGAAGUCUGAGGAGACUACGAAGAUCUCGGAGGUCUACAGCCUCCCCUGGGGGAUCGGCACCAGGUUCUGCGCAUCCUCCUGCACCCGAUGCCUCCCCUUCUGGCCCAAACUGGAACGUGGUGGGAGAGGUGAGGUGGGGGUGAGCCAGCUGACGCUCUGCUCCUGGGACCCCUCAGAAGAGCGACCCAAGGGCGCCACAGACACCAGGAUGUAAGGACGCUCCUUCUGCACGUCCCAGAGGCUUCACUAUCCCCCCACCCAAUGUGCUGAGCUCCCCACUCACGUAUGGAGGGGACCCUGCCCUCUUGAGUACCUCUGCACCCCGCACGUGGUGGCAGCCAAAUAAGUAUUAGAUUAAGACCAUGACAAGCAUGCUUUGACCCAGUCACUUAGUCACCGAGGUCUGGCCUCAAGCUGCUUCCUUCCACCAUGCUCCAGCCCUCCCAUCUCCAGUGUAAACCAGUCCUCUUGGCAGUAUUUUGAUGCAUCGGGAGGAAGAGGCUUUGGGUGGGGCAGGCGACGGAGAUGGGGCUGUUAGCUGAAAGGUGACGGGAACAGUUCUCUUCCUCCCCAAAGAGGCUGGAGGCCCUGCCAGCCCCCCCAGGCCCUUCUCUUCCAGACGCUGCUUCUUCCAGGCCUCUCCCCUGCAGGUCCCUCCCCGCCAGGCCCCUGCCAUUUGUGAACACCGAAGGGCCAGCAAAGCUACAAUCCCUGCACCAGUCCUUGGGGUCAGACUGUGUAUCACAGGACGGUAUAGUGAGGCUGUGGGCCCUGGCGCUGUGGAGUCAGGACCAGGUUUGGAUCCUAAGACUUAACCUGCAUGUCAGGUUCUCACAGGGACAUGAAACAGUCAAAGCAUUUGAGAGGCCUUCAGUGGAGCAGAGCCACUGUUGUUAUGAUAUAUAAACUGUAAAGAGCCAGGCGAACCUGUUCUCUCUGCAUCCUCAGUGGAUUAGUCAGGAUUCUCUAGAGAAACAGAGCCAAUAGGGGGUGUGGGGGUGUGUAUACACAUACAUGUCUGCAGAGAGAUAUAUACAUGU